AGCUACGUCUUAGCCAAUCACAAUCCAGAGUCCAGGUGGAGUGAACAUGCAGUGAUUUUAAACAGAGAGCAGCAGUGAGUGGAGCUCUGUCCACGUCAAUGUGACUGUAGAAAUACUCAGAGACUGCGUCUGCAUUCUUACAACAAACUUUCUUUCUGUCGCUUUUUAAAUUAAUUCCCUUUUCUAGUGUUUGAAAGUAAUUUUAGAAGUUUGAAAAUGUUUUCCUUCGUGCCGCUGAUUCUUGGUUUGGGUUUGCUCGGUUCUGUUUCUGGUUCUCCCGCCGUGGAGGAAGCGUACGGAGCCGUGGUGAGCGUCGUGUCUCCGGGACAGCAGGUUCUGUCAGGGGACUCGCUCCGCAGCCUCUUUAAUACACUUGAGAAACGUGUGCAGUGCGGCGGAGUGUCGUGUGGAAAGUGUGACUUAGCAGCUGCCAUCCACCAGCUGCUCAGCAAUCACUCCAUCCACAAAGAGGGGGCUGCAGAAAGUGGCGGACACAAUGUUACCAUCAGUGUAUCGGAGUUCCCUAAUGUCGCCGCUGGAAGUAUCCUGUACCUGUCAUCCCCCAGCCAGGUGUGCACCGCAGUGAGCCAGGGAAGAUGGGCAGAGGAGACUGAGCAUUUCCUGCAUAAAAUCACACAUGAAGAUCACCACGAACACGAGCACGAAGAGAACGAGACACACCACAAGAAUGAGCACGAGCACGAGCAUGACCACAUAGACACUCGUGGAUUGCAGCUGCUGUUUCAUGAGCUUGAGGAACACUAUGAGCCCUCACACAGCGAGCAGAGCUGUGUCACAGCCAGUGACAUCAUGAAGGAGGUCAACGUAUCAUCACCAGACCAGAAACAGGAAGUUGGUGCAGUUUUGGGCUACGUCCUGUAUCAUGCCCUGCUGGGUCGAUGCUUCAUCAGCCGCUCCCUGCCAGAGGAAAGCUUCUUCCUCGACUACAUCCUGAGUCGUGUGGGGUCGGAGAAUUUCACAGUUGGAGAUCUGGAGACUCUGAUGAAGAGCCUGAACAUUGGGCCUAAGAGGGAUAUAGAGCAUGGACACGAGGACCACGAGGACCACAAGGACCACAAUGACGAUCAUGCUCAUCAUGAUCAUGAGAUGAAGAGACGGAGAAAGAGGAGCAGCCAUGACCAUCACGAGGUCCAUGAAGGAAACAGCACCUGGGAUCAGUUGUGUUUCUCAGCCAAAGAGCUGGUCCUGAUCUAUGGUCUGCAGGAAAACAGCUCCACCUCCUCUGGCCUGGGUCAGUCCGGCUUGGCUCGGCUCAGCCCUGCACUUGUGCAGCAGAUCCUAAGUGGAGCCUGCAAAGAUAUCACAGAGCUGCUGAGACCAGAUGGGCUCACCAAGACAGAGAGAUACGUCUAUGCAACCAUUGCUAAUGUGGUGAUAACACUGACAUCCAUGUUUGGCAUUGUGAUACUGCUGUGCACCUCCUGUACUGCUGUAUUCCAGAUGUGUAUCCAGUUCUGCAUUAGCCUGGCUGUCGGUUCACUAACUGGAGAUGCUUUGCUGCAUCUGCUACCCAUGUUUCUAGGUCUACAUGUGCAUUCGGCGGGAGAGAGCAAUCACUCACACCAUGACGGUCACCAGGAGGGGCCUCCAGACUACCUUUAUAAAAUGCUUGUGCUGAUUGCUGGGAUCUACUACUUCUACUUGAUGGAAACAUUCUUCUCUUUGAUCGCAUAUAAAAACAAAAAUCAUCAUCAUCAUCAACAUCAUCAUGGGGAGGAAUCUGAGCCUCACCACUGUGACCAUGGGAGAGUUUUAGAGAUGUACCAACAGGAAAGGAAAAAGAAAGACAUGACGACAUCAAAAGCAGACCUGGUUGGCUUCGAAGACACCGACAAAUCACACUCAGAGUCAAAAGAACGAAGCAGAGAGCAGCGUCUGCUGCCUUAUAUGAUAACCAUUGGAGACGGGAUUCACAACUUUGCAGACGGCUUAGCGAUGGGCGCAGCUUUUUCACUGUCAUGGAAAUCUGGUCUGGCCACAUCGCUGGCUGUGCUCUGCCAUGAGCUGCCACAUGAGCUGGGGGAUUUUGCGAUUUUGCUCCACAGUGGUGUGUCUGUCCGCAAGGCGUUGCUCUUAAACGUUGGCAGUGCUUUGACCUCGUUCAUCGGCCUGUACAUCGCUCUGUCUGUAGCCACUGACCUCGCCACCAAACAGUGGAUAGCUGCCAUUACAGCAGGGCUCUUUCUGUAUGUGGGACUGGCUGAUAUGCUCCCCACCAUGGUCCACAUCAGCAACAAGAGACCCUGGCUGAUGUUUCUGCUGCAGAAUCUGGGCCUGCUGAGCGGGUGGGGGAUUCUGUUGUUGCUGUCACUUUAUGAAGAGAGAAUCACCUUUUAAAUUGUGGAUAUUUGUGACACACAGUGGACUGCUCAGAAAGUAUAAUUUGCUUCCUGUUUCAUCUAUGACUGGGUGUUUAUGUUCUCUUAGAACAGAGUAAAAGUUAAGUAGCAGGAUGAUCCUUGCUCACACUAACCAGAGGGAAACGGACUGUCAGAUGAAGGACUAAUCCAGUCGCAUACAUUUUUGAAAAGAGUGUUAGAUUUGCUGAAAACAGAAAUCCCCCAACACAGAUGUAAAUAAUGAUAAAAAGCUACUCACCAAUAUUUGGGGCAGAAACACUGCACAGUAUCCUCUCUGUAAACAUUGUUGUUUUAUUUUUUAAUCAAGACAGGUGUCAGCCAUGUUAUUGGGUUUGUUUAUGGUGGUGGGAAGACUAAAAAGUGUUCACGAAACAAGAAAAUCACCAGCACCAUUGAGCUUAAUGCCUGUUUUGUGUUUUUCAGCACUGUGAAAUGUAUUGAAACACAGGAGUCUGACUAAUCUGUGUUUUAUUUGAGCUAGCAGAAGUAUCAGGUCCUCUCCUGAUGGAUGUUUGUCAAAACACAACCAGAAAAUAAGUGACGGGUUGAAGCAUGUUUUUGUUGCUGCAGAUGUUAAAGAUUAUAAAUCCACUGCUGUGGGAGUAUUCAGCCAAACAGAUGUUGUUCACACUAUGUACAGAUUGUACAUGCCGAAUGUGUUAAAACAGAAGCCAUAUGAGCCGUAUGCUGGAACUAGCCAACCAAUAAACACAUCCAACAUGCACCUUGACAUAACAUACAUGUAUGUAAAUAGUUGGUUCAAAGGCAUUGUUAAAUUCAGAAGAAUGAAUCCAGAGACUUUGGACUAAUUUCAGUUUGCAAAUUGGUCUGGCGAUAUCAGGCUCAGUAUUUUGAAAAAAUAAUGCUGAAAGAGUGCUCCCUUAAAGUGUCUUGUGUAUGAGAUGUGUUCAGUAUAAUACAGCUUUGUACCAAGUCA